AUGGUCCACCGAGAUCGUAAAUACGAGACCCUCUCCGGACGUCCUGCCAAGGCCCUCGUGAUCUCCCGGCGCAAUAUCCAACGAGCUAAAUCCCAAGCACGCCGCCCCUUCAACGCCGCGGCGUUCCAGAAAGCACAACCGGAUGCCGAUCCCGAUGCAUGGAAGAAAGAUCUCGUAUCCUAUACCUUCCCCGGAAUACGAUACAGGGACUCUGCGCCACUCAGCCUCGAGUAUCCCCGACGACUUCUCAAGCCCGCUGACAUCGCGCCUGUCUCGAUGGACAAUAUCACGCGCACAGAGUCUGAGUACCAGGGCAUGACUCUGGAUUAUCUGCGGAGGGGGUUGGCGGCGAUGUCAAACAGGUUUAUGGGCACAUACAAGCAUUUCCAGACCCAACGCCCCAUGGCUGCCAUCCCAAACGAGGCGACUGUCCUCGUCAGCGACUACGGCCUGUCAUGUCUCCCUUCUCAUGUUUUCGCCGUGUUUGACGCCAGCGACACGGAGUUCAUAUCGCCUUCUCUUGGAGGUCUGACGAGCCCAAUGUCCGCAUCCAGGGAGGUAGCAUACUAUCCCGUCCACGGCGUUGUCUUCCUUGCGCAUUGCAGCAAGCUGCCGCAGUUCAAAAAGAUGAAGCCGCGCCUGCUCGCGCGGGUGCCCGGCACGCCCACGCAGUCUGCCACGACCAAGUUCUCCAUGCCUGUCGUCCCGCUGCGCGUCCCAUCCAUAAAGGCGUUCACUCCCGUGCUGCACUACGUUUACAGUCUUAAUACCGAAGAUCUCCUGCGCUCUCUUGUGCCCGGCAUCGGGCAGCCGUCCCCGCGCCCCGUGCCCCAGAUGCAUGAGCCCUUCGCGACGAUUCCGUCGUUGCGCAAGGACCUUCCGCGCCAGCAGCGCAUCGCGCACAUCGCGAAGUGCACCGUGGAGCACUUUGGAUGGGAUCUGUCGCCGAUCUCUGCCUGCGCAUUGCGUGUCGAGGCUGUAUGGCGCAAUGCGGCCUGCCUUGGCGUCACCGAUGACAACUUCUGGAAGACGAUAGGUCUCGCAUGGGAGGCAUGUCUUGCUGCUCUGCGGCUUUGCGAGACGGAAUCCUCAGGGAAGGUCGAGGGUGUCUCGGCUUAA